UCUUCGUCAUCGUCGAGUUGGCUCCGGAGAGCCUCGACGAGAGAGCGAGAGCGAGCGCGAGCGUGAGAGCGAGAGACGAGGGAGGCGGGCAGGGUUCGUCUCGAACAGCGAGGUUACGAAAGGAAGGAGGAGCAGCAGCAAGAGGAGGAGGAGGAGGAGGAGGAGCUCGAGAGGAGAGAGGGAGAGAGCGAGCGAGAGAGCCAGAGAGAGAAACAGAGACGUAGAGAGAGGAUAGGAGAGAGAGGGCUUCGAGAUUGGGAGAGUGCAGUGACACGAGGCGAGCGAGGAAGAAGGAGGAAGGGAGGCGAGAAAGCGAGCGGCGGUGGAGGAGGAGGAGGUGGGAGGAUUGUUGGGCUUGUUGUUGCCGACUGAAGGAGGAGGAGGAGGAGGACGGAAACACGGAGGAGGAGGAGCGGGAUCGAGGAGGAAUCGAUGAAUUGAGGAGGUUGGGGAGGUUGGAGGGAGAGCGAGAGUGACAAUUGCAGGACCGCAAGGACGGCGUCGGCGAGAGGAUUGGGAAAAUGUAUGAGAGAGGGAGAGAAAGGUAAGGGAGGGUCGGGGAAAGAGGGGGGAGGGUAUUUUUAUGGAAACGCGCAGCCGCAAGCGGGCGGAGGCCACGUCGCAUCGGCCAUCCCCUGCCACGCCUUCGAGGUCUAAGCGUGCUCGUGUUUCCGCGAACAACUCGAACUCAUCCGCGUCUGCAUCGUUCGCCCCUCCGCGGUCACGCCCUUCCACUCGUGCUGCCCCUGCCACCCCCGUUAUUGUGCCUACCACAUCUGGUUCCGCCAUGGAUUCUGGUCUUGAUUCGUCGGCUUCCGGUUCGAAGCGCGCCCACGAUAAGGGAGCGAAGAAGGAACCGGAGAAAGAAGAAGAUCGAUUAGCGGAGAAAGAAAGAGAAAAGGAGAUCAAGGAGAGAGAAUUAGAAAAAGGAAAGGAAAAGGAGCCCGAUAAGGAGAAGGAUACUCGUAGUAGUCGGGAUAGGGACAGAACGCCUGCAGCUGCCAGCGGAGGUGCAGAUGAUGACCAUGACGGGGAAGGGGGAAGUUCUCUUCACCAGAAUCUGGCGUCGGCCAGUAGCGCCCUUCAUGGUUUACUUAGAAAGCUCGGGGCGGGAUUGGACGACCUCCUGCCAUCAUCCACACCAUCAUCUCAUCAAAACAGCAGGUUGAAAAGAAUUUUGUCUGGGCUCCGUGCCGAAGGAGAGGAGGGGCGGCAACUAGAUUCGUUAUCUCAACUGUGUGAAUUGCUGUCAAUCGGAACGGAGGAGUCUCUCAGCAGCUUCUCCGUAGACUCGUUUGUUCCGGUGUUGGUGGGGCUUCUCAAUUAUGAGUACAAUCCGGACAUGAUGUUACUGGCAGCCCGUGCCUUGACCCAUUUGUGUGAUGUGCUGCCAUCUUCAUGUGCAGCCGUGGUUCAUUAUGGAGCUGUCCCUUGCUUUUGCGCUCGCCUGCUGACCAUUGAAUACAUAGACCUCGCGGAACAGAGUUUGCAAGCUUUGGAGAAAAUUUCUCAUGAGCACCCAACUGCCUGCCUUCGGGCGGGAGCACUCAUUGCGGUUCUCUCUUAUCUGGACUUUUUCUCAACCGGGGUUCAGAGAGUUGCAGUCUCCACUGCUGCAAACAUUUGCAGGCAGCUACCUUCGGAUGCCGCGGACUUCGUUAGCGAGGCUGUUCCUAUUUUGACCAACCUUCUACAGUAUCAAGACUCUAAGGUGGUGGAGCAUGCUUCAGUUUGCUUGACUCGAAUCGCAGAGUCAUUCGCCUCGUCUUCUGAAAAGCUGGAUACUCUGUGUUCACAUGGUUUGAUCCCACAAGCUGCACGAUUAAUUUCUGUUGGGAACUCAUCGGGGAGCCUAGUUCCCCAGACAUCAUUAAGCACGUCGACCUAUACGGGAUUGAUUCGCUUGCUAUCAACUUGUGCAAGCGGGUCUGCAGCUGCAGCCGAGAGUCUACUCCUUCUGCGGAUUAGCAGCAUUUUGAAGGAUAUUCUAGCGGGAGCUGGCCUUGUGUCUUGCACAUCUGUGUCUCCCUCUUCUGUAAAUCGGCCCCCAGAGCAGCUAUAUGAAAUUGUGACUUUAGUGAACGAGCUGCUGCCGCCAAUGCCGGACGCCUUAGCUGGAGCCACCGGAGCUUUAUCUUCUAACGGUGUUGCUGGAGGUAGAGUUUCUAGAAAGUAUUCGACAGUGAUAAACGCCGCUAAAGCAGAGCUAGAACAGAGGGGCCAUGAAUCAGCUGAUGUUGGAAUCCGAGAGAAACUUCUACAUGAUCAGCCUGAACUCCUUGUACAAUUUGGGGUGGAUCUCUUCCCAGUUCUUGUUCAGGUUUAUGGAUCGAGUGUGAAUCCACCUGUACGACACAAGUGUCUCGCAGCUAUUAACAAGUUAUUACACUUCAGUACCCCGGAAAUGUUGCGUUCAUUGCUCAAGGAAUCCAACAUAUCGAGCUUCCUGGCAGGUGUUCUAGCUUCUAAGGAUGCCUCCAUCCUCAUCACUGCUCUGCAAAUAGCGGAAAUGCUUAUGCAGAAACUGCCAGACGUCUUCUCGAAAGUCUUUGUGAAGGAAGGUGUGGUACAUGCGAUUGAUGUACUGAUAGCCUCAGAAAGUACGGUAGCGUCUCCACCUCAAGCAUCUGCAGCAGGAAAAUCGGGAGAUGCUUCGACGAGUGCUGCUAGUGGGCCUCCACCUCCUACAAGGCCUCGUCGCGUGGGAUCAGGCAGACGGCGUUCAAGUGGAAGUAACAAUGACGUUCCCGCGACGGAAGAGCCUGGAGGGUCUAGUGCCACUCCUGUCGGGUCACCUCCAAACAUCGGGAUCGGUCCAGAGCCAGCCUUCCGCACCUUACGGUCAGGGCUUAGGGCGGCAGCUAUUGCAGUCGCUAAACGCUUCAAGGAAAUCUAUUUCUCCGGAGAUUCUGGCCUGGCCGAUGCUGGAGUGACGGAAAGCCUUUGCAAACUGAAAACUCUUUGCGCUAAAUUGAAUGGUGAAGGUGUCGGAGAGGUCAAGGCCAAGGGAAAGGGCAAAGCUAAAGCUGUGGGGUCAAGUCCUGUCACCGAGGAGCAGUUAUCAGCAUUGAUGUCGGAAAUCCUAGCAGAGCUUGGUGGGGAAGAUGGAGUAUCAACAUUUGAGUUUGUAGGGAGUGGAGUUGUAGGAUCACUGCUAAAUUACUUUGCAUGCGGAACUCCACUCAAAGACGCCGUGUCUGAUACUAAUCCGGCGAGGCUUAGACAAGAAGCUCUUCAAAGAUUCAAGCAAUUCAUAGUGCUUUCUCUUCCCUCUGCUGUUGGGCAUGGUAAGGAAGCUCCCUUGACAAUGUUGGUCCGGAAAUUGCAGAACGCUCUGGCUUCGCUUGAACGUUUUCCAGUUGUUCUUAGCCACACACCCCGGUCAAGCAGUGGUAGCGCAAGUAUAGCUGCUGGUCUUAGUGCUUUGACACAACCCUUUAAGCUACGUUUGUCGAGAGCAUCCAAUGAGAAGGUUCUUAGGGACUAUGCUUCUAAUAUUGUUCUCAUAGAGCCAUUGGCGACUCUAGUUGCCGUUGAAGAUUUUCUCUGGCCUCGGGUUAAGCGUCAUGACAGUGUUUUUGGCUCCACAACGGUUAGCACUUCGGAUGCGACCACAGGUUCUCCUGCUCCUACACCCUCUACAUCAGCUCCUGUAGCCGUCGAGCGACGGCCUUCUACAAGAUCCAGAUCUUCAGCUGCUGUGGUUUCUGCGUUGGCGAACAAGGAGGCAGAGGGUGCGAACAUAACCUCUAUCAAAGGAAAAGGCAAAGCUGUUUCCAGAGCUCCGGCGGAUUCUACUGAUGAGCCCCGUGGUCCUGAAACCCGAAAUGCCGCAGCCCGAAGGAGAGCAGCUGCUGUCGGAGCGCCUGCUGCCAAGCAAGCUCUUGGGUUUAGCGUUCCCUGUGAAAGUGAGGAUGAAGAAGUCGACGUUUCCCCAGUUGAAAUUGAAGAGGCCGUGGCCAUGGAGGAAGAUGAUCUCUCUGAAGAGGAAGACGACGAAGACGAAGACGACCACGAAGAGGAUGACGAUCUUGAGGAUGGGCAAGCCGAGGAAGAGGUGUUCGGUGAGGAGCCUGCGCCCGUGUGUAUUGGCGAGCGCGUGCAUGAUGUGCAGCUAGGAGAUAGUGUCGACGGGGCUACUGCAUCAACAAGUACACCUUCUACUGAAGUGGCAUCUCAGUCCUCCGGCUUCAGCGCAGGACUCGCUGGAAUUAGUGUAGGCGGGAAGGGAGGAGGUUCUACAGGUGGGGCUGAAACAACUGCAGGCACGAGAACUGGAAUCUCCCUAGGAACAAAAGGUUCUUUGUCGUUCGCCGCCGCCGCUAUGGCGGGUAUGGCAUCGGCCAGUGGAAAUGUUUCACGAAGUAGUGCCCGUGCGACUGCUGCAAAUUCGCCACCCAAGCUCGUCUUUUCUUUGGCGGGCAAAAUUCUAAACAGGUCGCUGACUAUCUUUCAAGCCAUACAGAGGCAAGCUGUCGCAGACGAUGACGAUGAAGAGAGAUACGGAGGACCUGACUACCCAUUAGGUGGGGGUAGAAGGCUCUGGGAUGAGGUGUAUACAAUAUCUUAUCAACGUGUUGACUGUUCUGCGGACCAAGCACCUGGAGCACCUUCCAGCACAAACAGUUCGUCCCCCACAACAACGAAUGCCUGUCAAAGAGUGGUCGGCAAUCCUGCCACAUCUGAGGAUUCAUGGCAACAGGCAUCUCUUUUGGAUAACAUCUUGAAGGGGGAGCUCCCAUGUGAUUUGGAUAAGACGAAUACCACCUAUGAUAUCUUAUUGCUGCUUCGUAUUCUUGAGGGUCUGAAUCGUUUAGCUCCAAGGUUGCGUACACAGGGAGUUACAGAUGCUUAUGCUGAGGGUAGUGUGUCAAAUGUCGAAGAGUGGCAAGUAGCAGGUCCCCUAGUACCGGUUGACGAAUUUUUAAGCAGCAAAUUAACACCAAAAUUAGCACGCCAGAUGCAAGACGCUUUGGCAUUGUGUAGUGGUGGUCUUCCUGCCUGGUGUCACCAAUUGACAAGAGCUUGCCCUUUCUUGUUUCCUUUCGAAACAAGGAGGCAAUACUUUCACUCUACUGCAUUUGGUCUCACCCGAGCUCUUCAGCGGCUUCAACAGCAGCAAAGUGCAGAUGGGGCUGCUACCUCAAAUGACCGUGAACUACGAGUCGCCAGGCUUCAGAGGCAAAAGGUCAGAGUUUCAAGAAACCGGAUACUAGAUUCUGCUGCCAAAGUCAUGGAGCUAUAUUCUGGACACAAGGCCGUCCUUGAAGUGGAGUAUUUUGGCGAAGUGGGUACCGGCUUAGGCCCAACUCUGGAGUUCUACACGUUGCUUAGUCACGAACUUCAAAGAAGUUCAUUAGAAAUGUGGCGAACAGAAGCUUCAAGCAGAAGUGAUGCGCAGAAAGAUGUAGAUAUGCCAGAUGCUGAUGGUGGCAGUGUGGAUGAUAGUUACUCAGCAGUAGGGAUGAACAACCCCAGCACAGUUUCUGCUUGUAGGAAUGAGGAUUAUGUGCAUGCACCGAACGGAUUGUUUCCACGACCUUGGCCUGCUGGUUCUGAUACUUCAGGCAAAUAUGGUAAAGUCAUUGAACACUUCCGUCUGCUAGGACGAGUCAUGGCUAAAGCUCUUCAGGACGGUCGCCUUUUGGAUCUACCUUUGUCGAAAGGUUUCUACAAGCUUGUCCUUGGACAGGAUCUUGACUGCUACGAUAUACAGACUAUUGACCCUGAGCUCGGGAAGACACUGCUAGAAAUGCAAUUGCUGGUACGCCGCAAGCAAUAUUUGGAGCUUCAAAGUGGGGAUAACAGGAAAGUGGUGGAAGAAUUGUCUUUAAGGGGCUCAAAGAUAGAGGAUCUUUGUCUGGACUUUACUCUCCCUGGACAACCUGAUUACGUUUUGAAACCAGGUGGAAACAACUUGAUGGUUGACAUCGAUUCUCUGGAAGAGUACGUAUCAAUGGUCGUGGAUGCUACCGUAAAAUCUGGGAUUUCUCAACAAUUGGAAGCAUUCCGUGCUGGAUUUAAUCAAGUGUUCCAACUCUCCACAUUGCAAAUAUUCAAUGAGGAUGAACUGGACUCCUUGCUAUGUGGACGUCGUGAACUUUGGGUGUCUGAGUCACUUGCGGAUCUGAUGAAGUUUGACCACGGCUAUACGGCAAGCAGUCCGCCAAUUCGAAAUCUGAUCGAGAUCAUGGGAGAGUUUACCCCGGAUGAACAGCGAGCAUUUUUGCGCUUCGUGACCGGAGCUCCCCGCCUCCCGCCAGGUGGUUUGGCUGCUCUAAGUCCAAAACUGACGAUCGUGCGGAAGCAUCCGACCGGAGUAAGCAAUACAGGUGCGGCGGUGCUCGGGUCAACACCUCCAGGUGCUGCAGCUGGUCUGGGAACCACACUGGCGGAUGGUGAUUUGCCCAGUGUCAUGACUUGCGCUAAUUAUCUCAAAUUGCCGCCAUAUUCCUGCAAGGAAGUCAUGCGGGAGCGGUUGGUGUAUGCCAUAUGGGAGGGACAAGGAUCCUUUGACCUGUCUUGAGCUCCGGACCUUCAAACAUACACCACUGAUGUGGUGACAAUUGACAUCUGAGAUUCUAGAUGCGCUGACAAAGGGCAUGUAGGUGGCUUCUUAAAAGGAAUGGUAAUCAUACCAUUCUCUAUACGAAUGUUGCAGUUAGCUGAGAUUUAGCACUAGAACAUCAUUGUGCAGAUUCACAUUCUUGAGGGCCCCCUUGUAUUGUUUGUGAAUAUUUGUAGUUUUUAGAGGUACACUUUGCGUUCCCUGCGUGUGAACGACCUAGAUUGUCUGCUUUUUGCAUCUUUGAGAGCUUGACAGCAGGCACGCAUCCGCCAGAAGUAAAGUCUUUGGAUGAACAACAUGACAUUUUUACAGACAGGCCCACAUUUACUACUGUCAGUUCUACUUAACGGCUACACCGUAUGUGCAGGAAGUUCAGCCUGGUUCUCAAUGGAUGCCCUUUAUUCUGCAGUGAGUGGUAGUAGCAAUUGAUGAUGCACUAUAGCUGUAGCUGAAAAAAGAGCUCUGGGUUACUUUUCAUCUGAGGUGAAGGGAGGUUGCAUUUGGGAGUGGUCCAGAUUAUAAUAGAAUUCAUUGAAAACAGGUAAUCCAACAUAAUCAAGGAUUAGGAUACAGAAAAUUGACCCGUUGCUAAUUGUAAAAUAUAUCCCGAAAUGUCACUAGUGGUCUAAUCUGGACCAUGAUCUUUGGUGGUUGUAUUGAAGCUGCUGAGAGCUUGCUUUCAUGCUAUGCUGUGUAAUCAAGCUUACUCUCGCUCAUGAUAUUCAACUACACUCAAUGAUUUGUUGGGCUGGUUUUCAACUCGUGGACUAUAUUGCACACAAGACUUCGACAUGUCUAUGAAUUUCUCCUGAUUUUUUGACAUGUUGGUCAAUUUUGGUCGAGUGAUCAAUCCAAAGACGCUCCAACGUGUAUAACAUAACCUGUUUAACAUCCUGUGUAAGUAAAAUUUUCGGUUUAUG